AUUAAUUCUUUGCUUUUUGUCAUAUAUAUAUUUAUGGAACCGAAGAGUUCCCUGCCUACUCAAUCUAGCUAGAAAUUAAGCAAUGAUCAGUCCCAAGAGGCUCCUUGCAAUGGCAAAGAAAUGGCAAAAGGCAGCUGCCAGCGGGAGGAGAACAAUAGUGUCAAGCGAGGUAGAGCUAGCACACGUGGAGUGUUUCGAUGACAGAACAAUUGCUGAUAAAGGGCACUUCGUUGUAUACAGCGUGGACAAGAAACGGUUUGUGGUUCCGUUGAAGUAUCUGGACAACAACAUCAUUAGAGAACUGUUGAGGCUAUCGGAAGAGGAGUUUGGACUACCAGGAGAAGGACCCAUCACGGUGCCAUGCGAUGCCACCUUCAUGGAUUACAUUGUAUCAUUGGUUCGUCGUCGACGCGUACCUAAAGAUUUGGAGAAUAGUUUGCUCACGUCCAUGUCCACCGGACGCUGCUUUGCAUCUUCUAAUUCUCUUCCUCAACGACAAAGGCAGCAACAACAAAUACCACUCCAUGGCUUUUAGCAAUCUAUCUUGAUCCAAGCAUGGAUGCCCAUCAUGCAUACAUCUUUAAUUAAUUAGUUCGGUGUA